ACAACAACACGUGACCAAGCCACCGAUUAUUCCAAACUUUCCUCUGCAUUUUCCAAACCACACCUACAAAAAAGAAAUUCACAUUACUUCAUUUCAUAAACCCUUCUUUUGAUUUCGGUUUCCAUUAUUCUUUUCCCUUUACUUUGAUUCUUACUCCUUCUUCCAACCCUUACCAAAAUUCUCGUUCCCUUCGCCCCUUUCAAUAUCUGAACCUAAUGGCCUCCAUGAGUUUCACAAUGGAUUCAGUUUCUGUUUUAAACCCUAAACUUAACCAUUCCCGUCCCUCUCUCCCAACCUUUCACCCUUUACUCAAAAACCGCACUUUCAAACUCUCCCUUCCCCGUUAUGCUCUCCAUCAACCCAAACCCUUAACCGUCACUUUCGCCGCGCCGGAACACGACUCCGAUCAUGGUCAAGUUGAAGUGGAGAAGGGGAAUGACGAUGUUGAUGUUGAUGUUGGUUCCGAGGAGGAAUCACAGGAAGCAUGGAAGCAGGCUUUGGAUACAUUCAAGGAACAGGCUUUGAAGGUUCAAGGGGUUUCUCAAGAGGCUUAUGAAUUGUACUCGAAGAAGGCGGUCGUUAUUUUGAAGGAUACUUCGGAGCAGUUGAAGAUACAUGCUGAUAAGGCCAAACAUGAUUUGAGUGUUGUGGCGAAGGAAAUUACGGAAGAAGGGAAAGAGUAUUUGUCUUCUGCUGCGGAGAAUUCGCCUGAGGUGAAGGAGAUUGUGGAGACUUUUACUUCCCCGGAGGAUGAUCUUAGCAAUGUUUCUGGAGUGAGGGAUUUUUAUGUUGGGAUACCCUAUGGUUUGCUACUAUCUCUGGGUGGCUUCCUUUCCUUUAUGGUAACCGGAAGCCUUGCAGCAAUAAGGUUUGGGGUGAUUUUAGGCGGUGGUCUGUUGGCUCUAAGCAUUUCAAGUUUGAAAUCAUAUAAAAAAGGACAGCCUUCUUCUCUAGCUUUGAAGGGCCAGACAGCAAUAGCAACUAUCUUGUUUCUGCGGGAGAUUAACUCAGUUGGCAGAGGAUCAACUUAUUUCACUGCCUUGAUCAGUGGUGCGGUAGCGGCGUUUUACGUCUAUAGACUGGUUUUGGAAGGUAAACCACAAAAAGGUUCAAACUUGGAAGGUGAAGCAGGAAACUAGUUCAGUGAUAAGUGUCAAUUGGAAGAUCAGACAAAAAAACAGAAGAUGCAUGAAGACUGUCAUAGUAAAUUUUUGGUGAUUUAUUUAUUUCUUUGAUAUUCUGUGGCCGGGUUGUCAAGACUCGUAGCGGAGGACUAGGGUUACGGUUUCAUGCAUGAAAAAAUUGAGCAUCUGGAAAAUCUUGAUAUACUUUAGAAGUACUCUAGUGUAUAAUUAUGAUGAUUUAUGAAUGAACUUUUCUUUUA